AUGGUUGAUGAUGAAGAAUUAAGAAAACUACGUUUUAUUUUGAGUAGAAAAAAAGGAAAAAUUAGUUAUUAUUUAUCAUAUAUAUUUUAUAAAAUUUUUAGCUAUAUUUAUAAUAAAAAAAACAAAAAAAGGGAGAGGUACAUAAAUAUAAAUGGAAGAACAUUUCCGAAUUUUUUUUGUGAUAAUAAAAUAAGAAGCACAAAAUAUUCUAUUUUAACAUUUAUUCCAUUAUUUUUGUUUUACCAGUUCUCUGACUUUUUAAAUUUAUUCUAUUUAUGUGUUUCUCUUUUACAAAUAAUACCAAUUUUUAAUACAGGUUACGUAUUUACAUUUGUUGCACCACUUAUAUUUAUUAUUUUAAUUAGUUUAAUAAAUGAAGUGGUAGAUGACUUAAAAAGAUUUAUAAAAGAUUUAGAAAAUAAUAAUGAAGUCUAUUAUACACUUGUUCAAAAUGGAAAUUUAGAAAGAAUAUACUCAAAAGAUAUAAAGGUUGGUGAUAUUAUUUUAAUUAAAUCAAAACAAAAGGUUCCGGCUGAUUGUAUUUUAUUAAAGAAUUUAAAUAAAAAUGAAGAAUACACAUUUAAAAACGAAGAGAAAAAAUUAUUUUGUAACAUAAAAUUAAAUAAAAGAACAAAUAUAUAUAACAAAAUUAAUAAAAGUUAUUACCAUUUUAAUAAAAAUAUCGAUAAUGAAUUAAUUGAUGAAAGAUAUAAUGAGGCAAAUAAUAAUUACAGCGAAACAAGUAAUAAUCUAUUAUUUAGUGAAAAUGAAAAAUCUCAAAAAGAAACAAAGCAAAAUACAUAUCUUGUUAAUGAUGAAAAUGAGUCUAACCAUAAGAAUGACAAUAAUAAUUUAAAAUUUAAGAAUAAUUUCCAUAUUAAAAAGAAACAAAAGAGAAAAAUAAAAUUUAAAAAAAAUUCAAAUAAGAAAAAUAAUAAUAAAUCUUCAAAUGAGGCAGCAAAUUAUACUUAUGUGAAAACAGAUAAAAUUGAUGGAGAAACAGAUUGGAAAAUUAAAUACCCUAUUAGUAUAUUUCAAAAUUUAAAAAAAUUAAAGGAUUUUUUCUCUGUUGAUAUAUUAUUUAUUUUAGAACAACCAAAAAAUGAUAUUUACAAUAUUGAAGGAUCUUAUGUUAUAUUUAAAUAUGAUCCUUAUAAUGAAUUUAAAACUAUUGAAAAUAAUGGAAAUAUUUUAAAUAAUAAUCACAUUCUAAAUUAUUCUUUUGAUUUGGUAAAAGAUGAAGAAGAAGAAUAUGAUGAAGAUGAAGAAUAUGAAGAUGAAGAAUAUGAAGAUGAAGAUGAUGAAAAUUGUGAAUAUAAUGAAGAUAAUAUGUAUGAUUAUGAAGAAAAUAAAGAAAUAGAAGCUGAAAAAAAAAAAAUGCUGGAGAAAGGAUAUAUUAAUUUAGAAAAAACAAAAGUAAAUGAUAUAGAUCAUAUUUGUAAUAAAAAAGAAAAAAAAAAUAAAGAAAUAAUAAAGUUUACAGAUGUAGAAAAUGGAGUUAAUAGAAAUCGAGAACUAGAAUGUUUUAAUGCAAUAAGUAAAAAAAAAAAUGAUAUAUAUGAAAAUCAAGGAAAUAUGUGCACUGUUUAUAACAGUAAAGAUAAUUUUAAUUUUUAUAAUAUAAAUUUUAGAAAAAAAUUAAAUUAUGACAACUUUAUACUAUUCAAUUCAGUUAUAACUAGUUCUGAUGUUAUAUGUUUAGUGAUAUACACAGGAAGUGAUACAAGAGUAAAUAUGAGUACUCAAAUUAGCAAAAUUAAAAGAGGAAUGAUUGAUAAAAAAUUAAAUUUAAUAACUCUUUUUCUUUUUAUCAUAUUAACAAUCUUUUCUAUGUAUAUGUGUUCUAUUAAACUAAAUAAUUUAUGGUAUUUAAAUUUUAUUCGUUUUGUUUUAUUAUUUUCAUCAGUAAUUCCAAUAUCUUUAAGUGUUAAUUUAAAUAUAGCAAAAAUAUAUUAUACAUUACUUAUCCAGAGAGACAAAGAAAUAGAAACUACCAUAAUAAAAAAUAAUUCUAUUAUUGAAAAUUUUGGUGAUAUUGAUUACAUUUUUACUGAUAAAACAGGAACAUUAACUGAAAAUGUUAUGAUAUUAAAAGUUAUACAUAUAGGGCUUGAUGUUAUAUAUGAAGAAAAUGAUAAAAAUAUUUUACAUGGUAACAUGGAUAAUAAAACAAAGGGAAUAUAUACGAAAAGUAUUCUCUCAUACAAUUUAGAUGUUCUUAAUGAUGAAGAAGAUAUUGAUUGUCCAUCGUUAUAUUUAUCAUCGAAUUUUUCAAAACAUGAUAAUCUAAAUAAAAGUCAUAAUAAUGAACUUAUUUCUAUUAAUUAUGAAUCAAAAGAUAAAAAUAAAAAUAUAACAAAAUUAUAUCAAUUAAGUAAGGAUAUUAAUAAAAUUAAUAUUGGAGAUAUAGAAAAUGAAAAUAAUAGUGAUCAUGGUAAAGCAAAUUACGCAGAAAUUAAUUAUCAUAAUGUAAAUUUAAAAUUUUUAAAACAAAAUAAUUUUGAAUUAAAUCAAACUAAUGAAAAAAAAAGAAACGAUUUAUUAAAUAAUAGUACUUUUAAAUUUAAUAAAAAAAAGAAAGUAGAAAAAAUGGUUGAUGAAUUUUUAAAGUCUAAAUUGGAAUUUUUAGAUUAUUAUGAUGAUAAUAUUGAAGAUAUGGAAUUUUUGAAGAGGCACAAAGUGUUUCAAACUUUUCUAUCAUUUCUUAUAUGCAAUAACAUAAGAACAUUAACAAAAGAAAAUAACAAUAAAGAAAAAGAAGAAUUAAAAAAAAAAAAAGAAAAGAAGGAUAAAGAUUUUCAGAAAAAUCUUUAUUAUAUAUUAAACGUUAAUCGGAAAAAUAAAAAUGAGUUGAAAAUGACAAAAAAGGAUACAAGUAUAAAAAGUGCACAUCAAGGAAAAAGUAAUUUUGCAUCAAAUAGUUCUGAAAAUUCAGAAACUUUUUCUCAUUCAGAUGUAAGUUAUCAAUGUUCUUCACCUGAUGAAUUAGCAUUUUUAAAAUAUGCCACCAAUUGCGGUUUUGUUUUAAAAAAGAAAACAGCUAAUAGAAUAGAAAUUAAAUAUAAAAAUGUUAUAUUGGAAUAUGAAAUAUUAUUGCAUAUUCCUUUUUCAUCAGAAACAAAGAGGAUGAGUAUUUUUGUAAGAAAUAUGAAAAGUAGGAACAUCUAUUUCUUCAUUAAAGGUGCAGAUAAUAUUCUAAUUAAAAAAUGCCAUGAAAAAUAUAAAACUUUUAUAUAUGAGGAAAGUGAUCAUCUGUCAAAUUUAGGUUUAAGAGUUUUAGUUCAUGGCAUUUUAAAUAUAGAAGAACAAUUUUUUCAAAAUUUUUUUAAUUUAUAUAAUAAGAAUAAAGAUAUUAAAGGAAAAAUGGAAAGUAUAUUAGAAUAUGUAGAACAAAAUAUUAAAGUUUUAGCUAUAACAGGUGUUGAAGAUAAAUUACAAAAGGGAGUUGGAAAAACUAUUGAAAUGCUUUACAAUAGCGGUAUAAAAGUUUGGGUUUUAACAGGAGAUAAAAUAGAAACAGCAAUAUGUGCUUGCAAAAAUGCUAAUAUUAAAAAAAAAAAAAAUAAUAUCUAUAUCUUUAGGCAUGAAAAUAUAAAUAGCACUUCAAGUUUAAUAAGAGAAUUUAACUCCAUUUUAAGUAAUAUAGAAUCUUAUGUUUUGUUUUUUGAUAACAUUAUUAUACAAAAUUGCAUCAAAUAUAUUCCCAACGCUUUCGUAGAUUUUGCAGCUAAUGCUCGUGCAGUUUGUUGUAGAUGUAGUCCUAUAGAAAAAAAAGAAAUUGCUGUUUUAAUAAAAACUAUUAAAAAAAAAAAAAUUUUAUGUAUAGGUGAUGGAGGUAACGAUGUCGCUAUGAUCCAAUCAGCUGAUAUAGGAAUUGGCGUUUUGGGAAAAGAAGGAAAACAAGUAGUUCAUGAUAGUGAUAUUAUUGUUUCAAAAUUUAAAAAUAUAAAAAAAUUAAUUCUCUAUUACGGAAAUAAUACUUUUUUACAAACUUCCUCUUUAUGUUCCUUUUUAAUACAUAGAGGAUUCGUUUUAACUUAUUUGCAAUUUAUUUAUAGUUAUAUAUUUUUUGGUAUUCCUGUUUCUAUUUUUCAAGGCUGGUUACAAAUUGGUUAUACAACAUAUUAUACAACAGCACCAUUUUUGUCAUUAUUACUAGAUAUAAAGAUAAAAAAAAAUUUAAUAUAUCUAUAUCCUGAAAUAUAUAAAAAUAAAAAACAUAAAAGGAAAUUAGAUUUAAAGUCUUUUUUUAUUAUUGUAUGGAUAUCUAUUUUUCAAGGGACUGUUGUUAUGUUAGGAGCUCUGAAGUUAUUUAAUGAUAGUUAUAGUAAUCUUAUAAAUAUAUCUUUUUCUUCUUUAAUAGUUUUAGAAAUAAUGAAUAUACAUCUGGAAGUGGAGUCAUGGCAUCCAUUAAUGAUAUCUGCCAAUAUUUGUUCUUUCAUCGUUUAUAUUUUUUCAAUGUUUAUAUUGAGAAAUUAUUUUGAUAUAAUGCAAAUAAUGUCUGUUAUGUUUUGGUACAAAGUGAUUUUAAUUGUCCUUUUUGCUUGGUUACCCUUUUAUAUAAUUAAAAAAAUAAAAAAUAUUAUAACUCCAUCACAGUUUUUUAAACUUGCAUAA